CAUGUAUUACGUUUUCGAUAUGAUGCUAUUAUACAUCUUUAAAUUGUCAAUUUUUAGGCACAUCACCAUGGUCAAAUUAUGUGUGAUCUGUGGAAACGUCGAUGGUGUCGAUGGAGUUUCUGUGCACAGGUUUCCAGUGAAUGUCGAACAAAGGCGUCAGUGGGUGUUGUUUGCUGACAACGGUGGUAUAAAUGCUCGACAGAUUUUAGCUAGCUCAAUGAUGUGCUCGAGACAUUUUGUACUAGGUCGUGAUUACUUAGGAGGAGCAUUUCCUCGCCGCCUGUUACCUGGAGCGGUGCCGUCUUUGGUAGUUCGACCGGUCAUUGAGAUUGUGGCACCGGGCGGCGAAGAAGGAGCGGACGUGGCAAUGGCUGAUGACAACGGGAUGGAAAUGGAAGUUGUUGAAGUCCAAAUGGACGACGACAAUGUUGAAGUCGUUGAAGUCCAGAUGGAUGAGGUAAUGAUGGACAUAGAUGAAGAACCAUUGCUACAGGAGGAAGUGGUACAAGGUGACAUUGAGUUUGUCGAUGUACUGCCUGCUGACGCAGAGGCAGUAUUUGAAUUCAGGGAUAUAUUCGACGUUUUACUACCAGACAUCGAUGAGGAGUUCAUGCCGAUUCCCCCGAGAAUGCCCAUCAGAGACCGUCCGGCUGGCAUUCAUCACGAACUUCCAGAGUGUCAUAACAUAGGGCAAUUGGAUGCAAUCUGCACGCAUUGUGGUGCACGUCACUUCUCAUGCGAGCGUACACUCAGGAAUCAUCAUUUUACAACAUGUUGUAAUAAUGGUCAAAUGGCCGUUACAGGAGAACGCGUGUUGGGUCAACCACCUGACUUAUUAAUUCGUUUGUUAGUUGAUGAUUCGCAGGUAGCUAAACAUUUUAGGAAAGAAAUCCGCCGGUACAACAACACUCUGGCAUUUGCUGCGUUCUCCACUGACCUUAACCCAGGACGUUUGCCAGGUCGUGGACCGAGAGUGUUCACCGUUCACGGGCAGGUGUACCGCAGGAUUAGCAAUGACGUUGUCAGAAAUGAGCUGAUGCAACCGAGAUACUGUGAGUUGUAUUUCAUUGAAUCCGGGGCAGCCAACCAGAUCCGCAUGGCACAACAGCCACGCCAACGACCACUAAUGGAAGACUUGCUUGCAGACUUAGAUAAUCUGUUACGGCAAAACAAUCCAUUCGCAGUGGCUUUCGAGUAAUAUAUUAAAUUAAAAUAUAUAUAUUUAGCAAAAUACACACAUCACACUUAUUA